GAGAAUUUAAUGUCUUUCGACUGGUUUCAGGCUAAUUAUUUCUCUUUCAAUUCCAUUUGGUACCAGCAACUUGAGGGGUUGCCCCAAGGCGGCUCUGCUUCUGGUCUGUUGGCCACAUUGUUUCUCGAUUCCAGAUUGGAAAUAUAUUACAACCUUAUUUUUUCGGCUCACCAUCUUAAAGCUUGGUGGAAAUUCGUUGAUGAUAUGUUGGUUUAUAUGCCUAAAACUAAUGUGUUGGAUUUUGUAUCUGCUUUCUCCCAUUGGACAGGUUUUGAGGUGACUCAUGAAGAUGAGUCUAUGAAUGAUAGUUGUUCUGGUUGUCCAACCAUAUCCUUUCUGGACUAUAAUAUAUCCCGUACACCUACUCAAUUCCUAAUAUCCCUGUAUUUAAAACCUACCGCAUCUCAUCGUAUAGUCCAUUAUACUACAUAUGGUAGUAAGAACUCAAAAAGGACUGCCUUAUUGUAUCAUUUGCGUAGGGUGUUGUUCCGUAGUAGUGAUGUCUUUUUGUCCCGUGAUAUGAGCUUUUGUAUACAAAUGAUUAAAAACAAUGGUUACCCUCAUAGUUAUAUAAUAUCAGAGUUGUCCGAUUUGGUCAGGGGUUAUGUCCAACAAGCUUCUAGUAAUAGGCAACCUUAUACUGCGUGUCGACAUUCUAUAUUAUCUCAUUUUAUAUUGUCCUCCAAAAAUGUUCCAUUUCCUAGGUUGUUGUCAAAACAAUCUAUGCCUCGCUUUUAUUUACGUAGUAUUGUGUAUAGUUGCGAAGAAAUUUCGUCUUUAAUACAGAGUGCUUUUGGCACUUAUGGGAUACCUACAUUCUCGAAACCCGAAACUUUGUUCACUAAAUUGAGUAUGUCUUUGCGGGAUAUUCAUCCUACUUCUAAAUUAUCAACUAAACAUAGAAUAUUGUUAACUUCUUGUACCGCAUGUGGUCUUGGCUUUUUAUGUACAGGGAAAGGGAAUGUAAAACAAAUAUUGAUUAAUAUUAAGGAGGAUCCUGAUUCUCCUAUUAAUAAGCAUUUUUCCGUUUCAGGUCAUUCCAACUUAUCAUCCGGUGUGGAACUGCCUUAUACUAAACAACUCUCUCAGAAUGUACAAAUUUUAAUCUAUAAGCAGAUCUAUACUUCCAUGGGAAUUCAUUUGGAUGACACAUAUAACUACAAUACUAUUUCUCGCUUUUUGGCCCUUGGAUGGGAGUUAUUUAUCUAGGAUACCUACUA